AUGACACACAUUGCCAAUUGCAUCCGGCAUGACGCCGCGAAGUCCAACAUUUAUAUCCCUCAGGAAACAUCCCCCUCAAAACUUCUCUCAGUGGAAAGCAUUGGCCCACUGGAGAAGGGUACCUCUCCUGUGAGCCCCCAGGUGCUAUCAGCAUCCAGAUACCAGUUGUGGCCUGCACCCCAGAGAGUCCUCAAGUCUGCUGCUUCGUCAGAUAAACUAUCUGCUCUUUCCAUGGGCCGCUCCCCGACCUCCCUAAGUGACACUGCCGUUUGUGAAGGCCUUCCGUUCUGGCAGCGGAGUGGCUCACUGUCUAGGCGUCGUAAGGUGAGCGUGCCCGAGCUGGGUUCAACCAUGGCUACCGUUCAAGAAGCCGCCAUUGAUUCUCCAACUAUUCCGGGUCGCCCUCCCCUCCGCAAGAUUGCAUCCGAAGCAGUCUUCACCCAUGAGAGAUCCACCAGUGCCCCUGGCACAAACUGGAGAAGUGGCCCAUUUGGCGACGCUCUCGUAGCGUGCGUAACUGGCCCUUCGUCGAUUCCUCCUGAGGAGCACGCAUCCUCCACUAUGGAAACCGCUAAAGCCGUCGAGCUCGAACCCUCAGCCCCAGUUGGGAAGCCUCUAUCUCCUAUACUUAGCCCCGGCAUUAAACCGACCUUGAAGGUUGAUACCAGCACCAUUCCUGAUGCCAUUGAGAAACCACCGGAAGUACCACCAAAGUCUCCCGCUCAUGAGCGCCGAGGCUCACCCGCCCCUCUUGUCCUGCACUCCAAAUCCAGCAAAACACAGCUCAUCACACCGGCAUCCGUUACUUCCGGGGGCACGACCCCACUAAGUGCCUUUGACUCACGACGCUCUCCCAAUACAAGCGUCGGCCUCGCUACGCCUUUGUCCGCCAUGUCAAACCCAUUCGGUGCUACAUCGCCAUUAACUGCCCUCGACCGCCGCGGCUCGCCCCGGGUUGAGAAGCGAGAUCCCCUGCCGGCACACAAUAGGAACAUGUCGGAUACAUCCGUAAUGGAUCGCGGUAGACCAGUGCGCCGGUCCAGCAAAAGGCAGAGAAGUCGGACCUGCUCGGAAACCAACAUCCUGGAACCCCCUGUGCAGGAUACCUGGCAGCUGCCGACAGGCAUGCGAGUCCAGGAUGCUUCGGUACGGAUGAACGAAGCAGAUAAGAAACACCUCCACAAGCAAGCGCACGACCAAGCAGAAAAGUUCGAAGUCCUCCAAAAGCGAGACGUUGCAUCAAUGUCUAGGGAACUUCGAGCCUUGGAUGAGCGCUGUGACUACCUCCGGAGGACGUACAAGUCUCUACGGGCUGGGCGUCAGAAGCUUCAUAGCCGCAUGAUCUCUUAUCUCAAGCGAGGAGAGACAGUCAUCUUCUCUCGCGAAUCUUUACUUAAGCAGGAAGAAGCUCUAGCCGAACUUGAUGUCUCUAUCGAUGAAUUCAUCCUCAAGCUUGAACAAGCCGAGAACAGACGCCUACGCCUCCGUCAGAAACUUCUGGAGCAUGUUGCAGCGGCUCUCGUUCUUCAGCCGUCGGCAAUGCAACCCGAACUGGCCGAGAACACGCCACCGCGAAGUCCAAUCAAGGCCGAGAGUCCCGCGCGUACGGAGCGUAGAGAUGUCCAAUCCAUCAAGAUAUAUGCCGAUGGUCAUGUCCUGAACCUUUUCUCGGACAUUGAACAGGCCAUUGGAAAGAUGUGCGAGCAAGCAUGUUAG